AUGGCUAGUUUGAUUGGAAAGGAGAAUGGUUUGAACAUGAAGGAGACUGAGCUUUGUCUUGGUUUGCCUGGCGGCGGUGGCGGUGGCAGUGGCGGCGACGUUGAAACUCCUAGAGCUGCUGGAAAGAGAGGUUUCUCUGAGACAGUUGAUCUGAAGCUCAAUCUUCAAACCAAGGAAGAUCUGAAUGAGAAUCUGAAGAAUGUUUCAAAGGAGAAGAGCAUGCUUAAGGACCCUGCCAAACCACCAGCUAAGACUCAAGUAGUUGGUUGGCCACCAGUGAGAUCAUACAGGAAGAACAUGAUGGCACAGAAAGUUAACAAUACUGAGGAGAACGAGAAGACAACAAGUAGCACUACUGCUGGUGCAUUUGUUAAGGUUUCCAUGGAUGGAGCACCUUACCUUCGUAAGGUCGACUUGACAAUGUACAAAACCUACAAAGAUUUAUCUGAUGCCUUAGCCAAAAUGUUCAGCUCCUUCACCACUGGUAACUAUGGGGCCCAUGGAAUGAUAGACUUCAUGAAUGAAAGCAAGUUGAUGGAUCUUCUUAACAGUUCUGAGUAUGUGCCAACCUAUGAAGAUAAGGAUGGCGACUGGAUGCUCGUGGGAGAUGUCCCAUGGGAGAUGUUUGUUGAAUCAUGCAAGCGUCUCCGCAUAAUGAAAGGAUCAGAAGCAAUUGGGCUUGCACCAAGAGCAAUGGAGAAAUGCAAAAACAGAAGCUAA